UGACAGUGACAGUUCUUUCAAGGGAGAGGCUUUGUUCAUUAUUACGUGAAAUUGUCGUUUUUCUUUUUUAUAUCAUAUAAAUACGCAAUGAAUUAAUUUCUCCCUAGAAUAGUCGAGAACACAAUAAACGAAAAAAAAUCUCAAGAGGAUUUUUUUUUUUGUGUUUUCAUCAUUAUAUUAUUAAAAUAAAUAAAUAAAAUCGCAAUCAUGGAGGACGAUCUGCCAACUGAAUACGAUGUGAUUGUCGUUGGAACAGGUAUGACUGAGUCGAUCGUUGCCGCAGCUGCCAGUAGAAUUGGCAAAAAAGUCCUCCACCUGGACAGUAAUGAAUAUUACGGUGGUUUGUGGGCGACCUUUAAUUUUGAUGGUCUUCAAAAAUGGAUUGAUGAUUUGAAAGAAAAUAAAAUCGAAAACAAAGAGAGCGAACCAAAUGUUGAGGGUGGAGAAAAUUUUUUAAAAGCCAGUAAUCAAUAUUCAACGGUUGAAAAUAUUGAAGAAACUUGGUAUAUUGUCAAUGAUGCGGAUCUUCCGGAAAGAUCAUCGAAAGAUACACAAACUGAUGGUUCCGGUGAACAUUCCGCGGAAGGCGAUGAAAAAUGCGACGAGGAUAAAGUCGAGAAAAAGGAAAUUGUCAAACACUGGAGCACGGAUAGAAUAAAAAAAGAAUAUCGUAGAUUUAACAUUGAUUUGGCACCAAAGUUACUUUACGCACGUGGUGAACUUGUGGAAUUAUUAAUAUCGAGUAAUAUUGCUCGAUAUGCGGAAUUUCGAGCAGUUUCACGUGUCGCGACAUUUAUGGAAGGAAAACUCGUUCAGGUACCAUGUUCGCGAGCCGAUGUAUUUGCAAAUAAAACCGUGAGCGUCAUUGAAAAACGUAUGUUAAUGCAAUUAUUAACGUCCUGCAUGGAACAAGGAGCCGAAAGUCCCGAAUUUGACGGAUAUCGUGAUAAAACAUUUAUAGAAUAUCUCAAUACAAAAAAUUUAACGCCAAUUGUUAAACAUUAUGUAAUGCAAGCAAUUGCAAUGGCAACCGAUAAAACAUCGUGCAGAGACGGCGUUAUUCGUACAAAACAUUUUCUCAAUAGUCUCGGCAGAUAUGGAAAUACACCAUUUUUAUGGCCAAUGUAUGGAAGCGGUGAACUUCCACAAUGUUUUUGCAGAUUGUGCGCAGUUUUUGGCGGUGUUUAUUGUUUAAAAAGACAAUUGGACGGUCUUGUUGUCAAUGAGGAUAAAUGUAAAGCAAUAAUAACGGGAAAACAACGACUUGCACUUGAACAUUUAGUUGUUGGACAGGGACAUUUACCACCGGAAAUUGUUGCCUCUUGUGGUGAUCAACAAAUUUCACGUGGUAUUUUUAUCACUGACAAAUCAAUAAUGCAAGGCGAUAAGGAAAAUUUAACAUUACUUUAUUAUCCACCGGAGGAAAAGGAACAAGAAGCUGUGACAUUAAUUGAAUUAGGACCAUCGACAAAUGCCUGUCCUCAAGGACUUUUCAUGCUGCACAUGACUUGCAAGCGAACGAAGACGGCAAAAGAGGACCUCGAAUAUGUUGUCAAGAAGUUCCUUAAUGUUGGUGCCGUUGAACCUUAUGUUAGCCGCAGUCCCACGGAUUCACACACACAAACCGUUUCUCCUGAUAAGCAACAUCUUCCGGAAGGAGAAAAAGAAGCGAAAGACGUUGAAGAUUUGAAACCUCAUACAUUGUGGUCACUUUAUUUAAAUUUACCAGCAUCAGAUAUAAAAUUAAGUAAUUCUGCUCCGAGCAACGUUCACUUUUGUUCGGGACCCGAUUUGGAUCUGGAUUUCGAUUUUGCAGUCAAUCAAGCAAAGGAAAUUUUCAAAGCAAUGUAUCCAAGCGAAGAUUUUCUCCCACGCGCUCCUGAUCCAGAGGAAAUUGUCCUCGAAGGCGAUGAGACACCAGGUCCAAAAUUCGAAGGCGACGAGAAACAAGACGUUGAAAAAGCGGAAAAAGAAGAAUAAAUUUCGCGCAUUUUUUUUUUUAAUAAUGGCUUGAAUUUUUGAAUAAGAAAUAAUGUGAAAAAAAACACGUAAAACUUUCUCGUGCUAAGAAAGACAGUCGUUAUGCUCGAAUUUUUUUUUUUCUUUAAAAGUUUUAUUCUAAAAGAAAAAACGUUCCGACUAAAAAAAAAAAUGCUUUUCGACUUACUCGAUAGUUCAACGAUGAUACUUCUUAUAAUCUUAAAACUACUAUAGAUGUACUGUCAUUAUUGUUAUUUUUUUUUCUUUUUAUUCCUAUUUUUAAUUAUUUUACUAUUUUUAAAAAUAAUUAUUGUUUUUAUUAUAAUAUUAUUACUAGAAUUAUAAUUAUUUUAUUAUUAUAAUUUUUUUUUACUAUUUUAAAUAGCUCAUCACAGACUGAAAAAAAAAACAGUAAUGAAUGUGAAAAGCGUUUCAGAAGCUAUAAAAAAAAGUAACAUAUCUGUGAUUGCUUGAAAAUGUAUUUUUUGGUUACUUUUUUUCUCUCUUUUUUUUAUUAGUUUUUAUAGCCGAAAAACUCGAAACACAAGUAUAGAAAUUAAUAAAAAAAAAAAAAAAAAUUACUGUA